AUGAAUAAGUUUUUGAAUUCAUAUGAAACACUGAACUAUGAACCGAUCAAGCAUCGUUUGAAACGCUCAGCAGAUGGAUCGAUUGUUGCUACGAAUAUUCGAUUUAAUACUCAUAAUAGGUCUUUCGAUUUGAUACUGUAUUCCAUCAAUAAUGAUCCUUCGCCAGUGUUCGACAGUCAGAUUAUGUUUGAUGUCGAUGGUAUUCCUGUUGACUUUAGACCGGAUGAAUAUCUUUUGCAUGGUAUUGACAAAAACAAUCGCGGAUCGGCUGUUUAUGGUUCGAUUCAAGAUGGUAUAUUAGAUGGGCUUAUUUAUCACAAUGACGGUCAUGUAUUUACUAUCGUAAGAGCUAACCAAUUUUUUCCAGUGAAUGAAAGACCACUACAUUUUCAUUCUAUCGUUUAUUCGGAUGAUUCAAUUAAUUUUUGGAAAAGCCGUAAGAAACGUUCAGCAAAAGAUAAACACGGUUGCGGUUUACAUGGUAGAGUGCGAAAAGAUAUGGAAGCAUUUCAGAAAAGUGUGAUCUUAGAUAACGAUCCAGUCGUUUCAUCAAGCUUCAAGGUGCAUCAUCCCAUACAGGACUCUUUUCCUUAUCGCUAUUUCAUGGACUCACAGAGAACAAAGCGUGAUGUUCCAGAAACAAAAAUUAUCAACGGCAAACAAAUUUAUACAGUUAGAGCUUGUUAUGUUUAUCUACAAGCUGAUCACAAACUUUAUCAACAUAUUUUCGAAAAGGAAGGUAAUUUUGAUGAAGUUAGGACGCGAGAGGAGAUUGCAAGCUUAUUUUAUAAUCAUAUAAAAGCUGUUAAUCAAAUAUAUGAGGACACGGAUUUCAAUGGCAUAAAUGGAGUGACAUUUGUCAUCCAGAGAAUUUCGCUCUAUACACCGCAAACAUGUUCUGGAAAAACAGAUGGAAUAUCAGAAAACCCGUUUUGUGAGGACAACGUUGAUGUUUCCAAUUUUUUGAAUCUAAAUUCACGCAAGAAUCACUCCGAUUUCUGUCUCGCUUAUGCUUUUACUUUCCGAGAUUUCGUCGGUGGAACGCUUGGGUUAGCUUGGGUGGCUAGUCAAAACCAUAAUACUGCUGGUGGAAUUUGUCAACAAUAUACAAAAUACAGCGAAGGGACGAAUUUCGUUUAUCGAUCUUUGAAUACGGGUAUUAUAACAUUGGUAAAUUAUGGAAAUCGCGUACCGAAUCGUGUUUCGCAACUUACGCUUGCUCAUGAAAUAGGUCACAAUUUCGGAUCUCCGCAUGACUAUCCACUGGAAUGCCAGCCUGGUCUUCCGGAUGGCAAUUACAUUAUGUUUGCUUCAGCCACCUCUGGUGACAAGAAGAAUAACGCGCAAUUUUCUAAAUGUUCAAUUGCUAAUAUUAGCAUAGUCCUUAGCGAGGUUCUACAACAACGUCCCAUUGAUACGGAAAAUUCAUAUUUACGGCUUGGUGGUUUUGGAAUUGGUGCCGGCAAAAGAAAUUGUUUUAGAGAAACAAAGUCUGCAUUCUGUGGUAAUCAAGUUAAAGAACCCGGAGAAGAAUGUGAUUGUGGAUAUACGGCCGCUGAUUGUGAAACCAUGAACGAUAAAUGUUGUCAUUCUCGUGAUACGGGAUCGGGAUGUAAGCGUCGUAGUAAAGCAACUUGCAGCCCAUCCGAAGGGCCAUGCUGUAACGCUCAGGAAUGUGCCUUCCAUCCUUCUUCUGCAAAAAAAAUCUGCCGUGCCGUUUCUGAGUGUCUUGAAGAACAGCGUUGUGAUGGUCGAACUGCUGAAUGUCCUCCUUCAAAAGCUAAAAAAAAUGGAUUACCUUGUCAGGAUUCAACCAAAGUUUGCAAUGCCGGUAGUUGCAAUGGUUCUGUUUGUGCUGAGAUCGGUUUAAAAGAUUGUUUUUUAACCAAAGGAACGCCAGAAAUCCUUUGUCACUUAGCAUGUGAGGAAAAGGGAGUAUGCAAAUCUAGUUUCGAAUUGCCUCAUUUUGCUAAUGGUCGUUUCAAUCAAAUUAGUCGUGAGAAUAAACAAGGCCUGAUACUUCUUCCUGGUUCUCCUUGUAAUAAUUACAAAGGCUAUUGUGAUAUUUUUCGAAAGUGUCGAAGUGUUGAUGCUGAUGGUCCACUGGCUCGACUGAAAAAUGUUAUUUUCAAUCCGAAAACGCUUUCAGAAGUUCGCUACUGGAUACAGAUCAAUUGGUGGAUUGUCCUUUUAUGUGGCAUUGGUAUUCUUAUAUUUAUGGCCGCAUUCAUAAAAUGUUGUGCUGUGCAUACACCUAGUACCAAUCCUAAUAAAGCUCCAGCAUUGAAUAUUUAUGAUACAUUGAGGCGUCCUAAAACAUUUAUUCAAGGACAACGGCGAACUCGAUCACAAACUCGAGUUAAUGGUGGUCCGAUGCAUGCUUCUCGAGGUAGACAUGGCACUCAUACAGAUCGGACGUCGAGUCAAGCGUUCCAUAAUGUACCUUCGGCUCCACCUCCUCCUUCCGCUCCGCCACCAUCUAGCAUAAUUGUUGUAGAACCACCGCCACCGUACACUGCCUCAACAGAUCCUGCAUCAGCAUUAGGGGGUCCAAAGCGUGGUCGUCGUAAGCAAAAAGCGUUAAAUAAUAAUGAAAUACGUGGGAGGAAAAAUCGGCGCAAAUAG